AGCAUGCACAAAUUGAUCGAUUAACUUAGUUUCAUUAAAUGCUAGGUUUUUUUGAUCGGUUUCUCUCAAUGUACUUCUGUUCGAUAACGUCAAUGUUUCGUUAUUGCUGAUAUUUUGUUUCUACGAAUUGUCGCUUGUCUUCGUUUCGACGACGACUAGCAACUGAUUUUAUAGGUUUUGUAUCGUUAUAUGUGAUGAACUGUGCUCGAUUUAGUAUUGGUGACCCAAUUAGUCGAAAAAGUUCCAAUCUAUAUGUGCAAACGAAGAACUUGGAAGUAUAGAAAAAUUGGGGAGUUAUUAUAAGUUACAUCCAAUUUAUAAGUCCACUAUGCAUGUAGAUAUAUUCAAUAUAGAUAAGAUUCCUUGUCGCCAGAGGUCAAUGAGGGGAUUUAGGAGGGAGAAGAAAACAGCCGUGCUAAAUGCUGGGAAAUUGGUUGGAAGCGUUGCCAAGGCAAGCAGAAGAUCUAGGGAUGUGACAAACAAACCGAAGGGAGAAAUAGAGGAAAGUGAUUGUGUCAUUGUGUGCACGUCUGUUUGUAAUGGUAGAGUAUCGAGGAGGCGGUGUGGAAGCACCACCAAGGGUCAGGAGAAUGGAAAGUUAGGCUCUCAAAUGUUUGAAAUCUACAUAGAGAAUAUGUGGAGAAAACUCUCAGAAGAGGAGAAAAAUGAAUAUACUUAUCUUGACUCUUUGUGGUUUUCCUUGCAUGCUAAAGGACCUCACAAAUCAAAAGUGUUGAGUUGGAUCAAAAGAAAGGAUAUAUUCUCGAAAAAAUAUGUAUUUGUUCCAAUUGUUCAGUGGGGUCAUUGGUUUCUUUUGAUCUUCUGCCACUUUGGUGAAAAUUCAGAGGCAAAAUCUGAACGCCGCUGCAUGUUGUUGCUAGAUUCCCUGCAAAAUGCACAUUCGAAGCAGCUAGAAUCUGGAAUCAGAAAAUUCGUCUUUGACAUAUUUGAAACAGAAGAACGGCCGGAGAAUAAGGAACUAAUCAGGAAACUCCCGCUUUUAAGUCCUAAGGUGCCACAACAGAAAAACAGCGAGGAGUGUGGAUUUUUUGUUCUCUACUACAUAUAUAAAUUCCUAAAGAGUGCCUGUGAUCAUGUUAGCUUCUCGACAGGCUGCACACACUUUAUGAAAGAGAACUGGUUUACUCACGAAGAUGUGGAGCGCUUUAGCAAAUCACUGAACCCAAUUAUCUGUGAUGUAUAGAUGAAAGAGAACUGGUUUACUCAGGAAGAUGUGGAGCGCUUUACCAAAUCACUGAACCCAAUGACUGAAUUUUCUGAUUGAUCAGAUCAGUAUAUUAGUUCUUUUUCGUAAAUGAUGUAUGGAAAAUCAGUCAAAUUUAGCAGUAAGAAGGUAUAUGAUGAUUGUAUUUUUAAUUUUGGCUAACUAAUUAUCUUUUUUAGGAGCAAGAUUUGGAUGACUGUUCCCAUUUUCUAGUUAAGUGCAUAAUGACGUAGAUCAUUGUAAAACCAUGAACAUAAACAGCCUCGUUCCUAGUAUUAUAUAAAUUAUAAACAUUAAAUCUAA